AUGGCCCACUCUCACUCCCACGAUGCCGGCAUCGACCAUACCCACGAUGACCCCUUCAACGGCCACGGCCACUCACACGAUAUCCUCGAUGGCCCAGGCUCCUAUAUGAACCGCGAGAUGCCGCUGAUCGAGGGCCGAGACUGGAACGACCGUGCCUUCACCAUUGGCAUUGGCGGACCCGUGGGAUCAGGCAAGACAGCUCUGAUGCUAGCUUUGUCUCGCGCUCUUCGAGACGAGUAUAACAUCGCCGCAGUCACGAACGAUAUCUUCACAAGAGAAGACGCCGAAUUCCUAACCCGCCACAAAGCGCUCGCCCCGUCCCGUAUCCGCGCAAUCGAAACAGGCGGCUGCCCCCACGCCGCCGUCCGCGAAGACAUAAGCGCCAACCUGCUCGCCCUGCAGAAGCUCCAGAAACAGUUCUCGACAGAUUUGCUGCUCAUCGAGUCUGGGGGCGACAACCUGGCCGCAAACUACUCGCGAGAGCUGGCAGACUUUAUCAUUUACGUGAUUGACGUUGCGGGCGGCGACAAGGUGCCUCGUAAGGGCGGGCCGGGGAUUACGGGGUCUGAUUUGCUGGUUGUGAAUAAGAUUGAUCUUGCGGAGGCUGUUGGGGCUGAUUUGGGUGUUAUGGAGAGGGAUGCGGCGAAGAUGCGGGAGGGUGGGCCCACGGUGUUUGCGGUUGUGAAGCAUGGGAAGGGGAUGGAUCAUAUUGUUAAUUUGAUUAUUAGUGCUUGGAAGGGGAGUGGGGCUUAUGAGGUUAGUUUGAAGAGGUGGAAGGAGGGGGCUGUUAGGGGGUCUGGGAGUCUUGAGGAGUAA